AUUUCAAACGAAGAAGACGCAGAACGCGGUAGUGUAGUUGUUCACUGGUUGAUGCUACAGGAGGAGGUAACAGUGGCUGUUGUCCUGCGGGGAAAUGGACGCGAACGAGGACCUGGUCUCGCCAAACGUCAGCAAGACCCUGCUCAUCCGCCACUUACCAGAUGAGCUCAGCCAGGAAGAGAAGAAAGAUCUGCUGCAGUAUUUUGGGGCUGAGUCCGUCAGGGUCUUCUCCAAAAGGGGUCGCCUGAAACACACUGCCUUUGCAACCUUUCGAAAUGAGAAGUCAGCAGAAGAGGCUCUGGUCAGGCUCCACCAGCUAGAGGUCCUAGGUCAGACGCUUGUUGUUGAGUUUGCCAAAGGCCAAGAAGAUGUGACAGUAUUAAAGGAUCCACCAGUGUCUGACAGUGGAAAAGGUGGCAAAGAAGAGAAGAAGAAAAAACAGACCCGAAAGCCAGACAUUCCUCUUAUAGAAACUGGCAUUUCACCGAGCCUAGGGUUGAAAUAUCAACCCAAUCCCACUUUGAAAUAUUUAUACCCACCACCUUCUGGCGGCAUUCUGACAAAUAUAUCGCACGCCCUCGUGAGCGUGCCAAAGUUUUACGUUCAAGUGCUUCAUCUGAUGAACAAGAUGAAUUUACCAUGUCCGUUUGGCCCAGUCACUCCCAGACCCCCCUUGCCGUUUGAGCGGCUGCCUCCUGCACCACCUAUCCCCAUGCCCCCUCCCUACCCUCCCGACUACCCCCCUUUACCAGAGGAGGAGAUGGAGCUGUCCAGUGAAGAGGAGUCAGAGUACGAUAGCGGAGACGACGAAGACAAGGAGAGGAUUGUUCGUCUGAUGGGCCUGGUCAACCAAGCAUGCAAGCGACCCAUGAGACCAAAAACAGCCUCAAAGAGAAAGAAGCCCAAGAUCAAGGAUCUACUCUAUGCUCCCAAACCAGACUCUCAGAGUGCUCCGGUGCUGCAGCCCUCCGAUGUGUUUGAGCAGCCCCACCCUGCUGGGCCCAGGAAAAUUGAAUUCCACAUUUCGGUUCCAGAGGUGGCGUCCACAGUGGAGGGAAGUGGGCCAGGUCACGAUGCGCCGGCUAAUGAGGGCCGAGAAGUGGACGAGAUGGAGGUCGCUCCCUCUGUCGGCGAGGAGCCGGAGGUCACUGAAGGCUUUGGGAAGCUCUACCCCAGCGCCCAGGAGUCCCAGCAGCAGGAGGAGCAGAGCGACGAUGAUCAGGAUCUCACCUCGGGUGUCAUCUCCAGAAAGGAGCUGGAGAAAGGACGGCUGUCAAGAGACGAGAUGAAACGCAUGUCUGUGUUUAAAAAUUAUGAACCGGGCGAGCCGACCUGCCGACUGUACGUCAAGAACAUCCCGAAGCAAGUGGACGAGAAAGACUUGAAGUACAUAUACGGGAGAUACAUCAACCCUUUGUCAGAAGACGAGAGAAAAAUGUUUGACGUGGUGUUAAUGAAGGAGGGGCGGAUGAAAGGCCAGGCCUUCGUAGGACUCCCCAGUGAGUUGAGCGCAGAGAAAGCCCUGCUGGAAACCAACGGCUACAUUCUUUUUGACAAACCACUGGUGGUCCAAUUUGCCAGAUCGGCACGACCAAAACCAGAGAACACGGAGACCAAGAGAGGUCCGAAGCAGCGCUGAGCUCAACAGAAACCAAGGCUUGAUAGUGUGGCCCUGCAGGAGCAUUUGUAUCCUUAUUGUGGCAUAUCCUUUGGAAGAUAAAAACUAUCAGGAGGAAUUGUGGGCUGUUUAUUUCUAGUUAUUGCGGCACAGUUGGAUUUCAAAGAGCAGUCUAAAUUUAAGGACUCAGUAUGCUUUGUUCCCGAGUCUCGUUCUAUUGUGUUAUUGUCUUGUCGUUUUGUUUACUUGUGCUAUUUUAGGAUUCUUUUAUAAACUUGUCUUUACAAUGUUCCUUGUUUGACUGAAUUUCAGGUGAUGGUCGUCAGCUGUUGUCCUCUUCUUCUUUUGUUAUUUAAUA